AUGCAAUCCACCAAACGCAAGGCAAGCAGUGAGCUGGCCUCACCGCAGCAAAAACGACUUCGCCUAGGCGACUACAAGGACGACGAGCGAGCACUUCCUACAGGCUCAACCCAAGGCCUAACGGCUACAUCCAGUUUUUCAACGGCUUCACAAAGCCCAGCAGGACCGCAAAGUCCCCCUGGCUCACCUCUUCGCCGACAAUCACCUCAGCCGAAUCAUCCCUCGACAUCCUCCGCAGUAGAGGUAGAGGAAGAAGAAGAGGCGGACGAUGAGCUACUUUGCCGCAUACAGUCCGGCAUCGAGUACGUCCACGAGCAGCAAAGCAAGGGUGAAGCCAUCAUGCAGACCACCCGCUUCGAGCUCACCACCAAGUCUCCGAGUCCCGCCCUCGACCUCCUCCGCCGCCAUGCCACACUCGUCCACACCUCCACGACGCACGAGGUAUACGAACUCGGCGUCCCGCGUCCCGAUUGGGUGACUGCCGGCAUCCUCACCGGCCUCCACGAUCCGCAGUGGUGGCUUAACAAGACCGUCGCGGAAGUGAAGGCUGGUCCUCACGCCGAAGAAAACGACGUGAAACGUGCGCAGGGCCACUUGAAAGGCCUGCAGACGAGGAAGAACAAGAAGAAGGUUCUGACGGCGAGAGAGAAGGAGAUCGAGUGGAAGUUGAGAGAGGGGGCGAGACGGCAGGAGAUGAGCCUGAGGAUGUGCGAUUCGGAUCCUGAGGAGACGGACGACGAGAGUGAGAUCGAGGAGGUUUGGGUGGGUGGAGGAUAUGAGAGUGAGGAGAGUGAGGAGGAGGAGGAAAUGCCUGUCAAGCGAAGGCAGAGGACCAUGGCAGCGAAGGCGCCCAGGAGCCGCCUCAGGCUGUCGGUGAUACAGGAGGUGGAGGAUGAAAACUAG